GAAGGAAGAAGAAGAGAAAGAGAAGAAAAGACAGAAAAGCAGAAGAGGAAGAGAAGAAGAGCAGAAAGAGAAAGAAAAGGAGGCGGAGGAAGAAGGGAUGAUGAUGCUGAGGGCGAUGCUUGUUGUCCUGGGAAAGAGGCUGCGGAGAGGACGCCUCCGGGCUCCUUGCUGCCUUUGAGCCGCUGCUGCUGCUGCGGCAAAGAAGGGGUUAAGGCCAUAGAGGGGCGGCCUAGAGCGUCAGGAGGCGCCUCCCGCCGAGGGAAAAGGGCGGGGAGGGCUUCCUUCCGGUCUCCUCCUCCUCUUCCGGCGGGGGACUUGCGUUGGUGUUGGUGGAGCCUGGGGCAGAUGGCGGCGAAGGGAGAGGAGGAGGCCCUGGAAGCCCGGAGGAGAGAGGAACAGUAGGCAGGGGGUCUCCCUGAGCAAAGGCUGGCUCCCCCUGGUUGUACUAAGCCCUGGAUACUUUGCUGCAUUGCUUGGAGAAAGGUGUCACUGGAUGAGUUGACCAUCAAGGGAACGUGAAGGACAUAAUAUCAGGGCUGUGGUGCCCCUCAAGGAUUGGGGCUGAAAAGCAAAGAAGCACAACAGACUGAUUUCUUUGGAAGGAAAGGGCUGCAGUACAAGAAACAAGGGCCACUUACUGUCCGGAUCCAGAAAUAAAAAUGGAGGAGGUGGAUUUAACAGAUCCCAAAGUAGAAGAGGUCAAGGAAGGAGCCACUUUGACAGAAACAGGAAGCAAUGGAGGAGAAGGAGGACAAAGGAUGAAGCAGGACUCAGAGGAAGAGCCGUCCAGAACCUGGCAUGCUCAUUUUGAAGAGUUUUUGAGGACGCGUUCGUCAGGGGAAGCCCUGCAACAGCCUGACUCAAAGAGUCCUCAAGUGUCUGACCAGGGAGUGUCUGAGGCCAACGAGUGGCCCAGAGGAUUGUGGGUCCCUCCAAAUCAGCCCCCUCUCAUUGAGGGAGCAACAGAGGAUGAAGAAAGCUAUUGGGAGCCCAGACUUCCAGGGAAAAGGAAGGAAGGAACCCCAGGUAAAGAUGCUGUUGGGUUGGAGAUGCAGCGCCAGCUUUUUCGGACAUUGAGCUACCAAAAGUUCGACAGGCCCCAAAACCUAUGUAGGGAGCUGCAAGAGCUCUGUCGGCAGUGGCUGGUGCCAGAGAGACACACCAAGGAGCGGAUGCUGGAUCUAGUGACCCUGGAGCAGUUCCUGGCUGCCUUGCCACUGGAUAUGCAGAACUGGCUCAGGGAACAUGCUCCUGAGUCCUGUGCCCAAGCUGUGAUCCUGGCAGAAGACUUCCUUCUGAGGCAGCCAGGGGCUAAAGGCUGGGAAGGGCAGAUGUCCAAAGAGGAGUUUGCAAAUCUCCCCAAGCCAAAGAAGGCUCAGACAAACAUGAAAAAGAAGAAGCUUCUAACAAAGACAAAGCACAAAUAUAAUGGGAAUGUUAAUGUGUUGGCAGGAGGUACAGCGCUAACUGGAAGUGAUGAACAAAACCCCCUACAUGAGAAUACUGAGGAAACGGAGCAACGGAUGACAUCCAUAAAAACUGGCAAAGAGAACAAUUUCCUGUGUCAUGGGGAGCCUGAGGAGAACCAACAGAGGGCAAACAAAGCCAACGGAAAUGGCAAAGAGAAAGUAGAGGAUCAGUUUGUUUCAUCAAAAGGUGUUUACAGAAGUAUCAGUGAGUCCCCUACCUGGAAUGAGGAGAAUGAAAUGAAAUACAACAGAAGUGGGGAGCACUUUAGUCAAAACUCUCACUUUAUUAUGCAUGAAGGUCUUGAUGCAGAGGAGAAGCCAUACAAGUGUUGGCACUGUGAACAAAGCUUCAGUAGCAGCUCAGCCCUUUUAACACAUGAGAGAACCCAUGUGGAUGAGAAACUGUAUAAGUGUUCCUACUGUGGAGAAAGUGAAAGAACCCAGACAGGCCAGAAGUCACAUGUGUGUUCACACUGUGGAAAUUUCUUUGGAUUGAACCCAGAAGAUAAAUUCCAGGCAGGAGAGAAGCCGUAUACACGUGCAGAACGCAGGAAAAGCUAUCAUUGGAGAUCGGACCUUGUGAAACAUCAAAGAACACACACAAGUGGAAAGUCUUCUAGAUGUUCAGUGUGUGGGAAGAGCUUUAGAAAUGGCUCAUAUCUCAAAUUACACGAGAGACUCCACACUGGUGAGAAACCGUAUAAGUGUUUGCACUGUGGGAAGUGUUUCACCUGGAGAUCACACCUCAAAUAUCAUGAAAGAAUCUACACAACAGUAUGCUCCUCCUGUGGUAAAGGUUUCUGUAAUAAAUUAAAACGUUCUAAAUAUGGGAAGACCUAUACUACAAAAAACUCAUAUGUAUGUUCUGCUUGUGGGACGAAGCCUCUAAGAAAGACAGAGCACAACACUACUGGGCAUGAUAAUCUGUUGGGUGGUACAGAGCUGACUAAAAGUGAGGAACAAAACCCACUACUUGAGAGUACUGAGGAAAUGGAGCAACUGAUGACAUCCAUGAAAGCCAGCAAAGGGAACAAUUUCCUGUAUCAAGGAGAACAUAAUGAGAACAGGCAGAGGGCAAACAAAGCCAAUAGAAAUGGUAAAGGGAAAGUAGAGGAUCAGUUUGUUUCAUCAGGUGGUGUUUGCGAAAGUAUCAGUGAGCCCCCCAUCUGGGAUGAGCAGAGUGAAGUGAAAUACCGUGAAAUUGGGGGAAACGUCAAUGAAAGUUCUCAAGAUAUCAUGCACGAAGAUCCUGAUAUAGCUGAGAAGCCAUACAAGUGUUGGCACUGUGGACAAAGUUUCAGUAGCAGCUCAAAUCUUUUAACACAUGAGAGAACCCAUGUGGGUGAGAAACUGUAUAAGUGUUCCCACUGUGGAGAAAGUGAGAGAACCCACACAGGCCAGAAGCCACAUAAAUGUUCACACUGUGGAAAUACCUUUGGCUGUGACCCACAAGACAAACUCUUGCCAGGAAAGAAAACCUAUACAUUUUCAAAACGUAGGAAGAGGUGCAGUCAGAAAUCAGACCUUCUUAAACAACAAAGAAUACGCACAGUUAAGAAGUCCUAUAAAUGUUCAGUGUGUGGGAAUAACUUUAGAAAUGGCUCAUAUCUCAAAAUACACCAGAGAAUCCACACAAGUGAAAAACCGUAUAAAUGUUCGUACUGUGGGAAGUGUUUCACCUGGAGUUCACAAUUCAGAUUACAUGAAAGAAUCCACACAGCAGUGUGCUCCUACUGUGGAAAAAGUUUUAGUCAAAAAUCAGAACUUGCUGAACAUGAGAAGACCCAUGCUGCAAAAGACUCAUAUGUAUGUUUUGCUUGUGGGAAAAUCUUUGAUGUCAGUUCAGAUCUAAUUGUACAUGUAUGGACCCACAAAGAGAAACCAUUUGAAUGCUCACUCUGUGGGAAAACCUUCAAGAACAGUUUGCAAUGCAUUGCACAUCAGAAAGUCCAUACAAAGGAGAAGCAGCAUAAAUGUUCCCACUGUGGAAAAAGCUUUAGCCAGAGACGAGGACUUAAAAUUCAUGAGAGAAUCCAUAAAGGGGAAAAAUCGCACAAGCCCUUAGCUUGGGAGGAAAACGUCAGAAACAACCCAACACUUAAAUCUCGUGAGAGGUCCCACCCAGGAAAGAAACUAUAUAAAUGUUCCUACUGUGACAAAACCUUCAGGUGGCCUUCCCAUCUUGCAUUGCAUGAGAAAAUUCACACAGGAAAGAAGCCCUAUAAGUGCUCAGACUGUGAGACAACUUUUGAUAGGCGAUACAAUCUUGUUGAACAUAUGAAAAUUCACUCAGCACAAAGAUCAUACAUCUGUUCAGACUGUGGGAAAAGUUUCACCUCAAACUCUGUUCUUCUACGACAUCAGAAAAUUCAUGUAGGGGAGGAAUUCUGUAUCUGUUCCCAGUGUGGGAAAAGUUUCAGGCAACUAUCAGGCCAGGCAGAGAAGGUAUUGAAAUGUUCUGAGUGCAUAAGAAGCCAUUGCCUGAGUUCAAAUCUUGUACGCAAGCAGACACAUGCUGGGGAGAAACCAUUUGAAUGCUCAGUUUGUGGGAAAACUUUCAGAUAUGGUUCCCACCUAAUUUCCCAUCAGAGUGUCCACAAAGAAGUUCAGCCCUAUCAGUGUUUGGACUGUGGGCAGAGUGUUGUGAGAAGGCCCAAUCUCAUGGUGUCUGCAAGCAGCCAAGCAGGGGAGAAACUGCACAAAUGUUCAAGCUGUGAGAAAAAGUUACACUAGAUCUCGAUUCUUACAAAAACUUAGAAAAAUGGAAACUUUGUCCAUUUGUCCCUCAUAAUCUGUUGUCCGUCCUUUUCCUUUAGAAAUUAAACUGACUAUUCACUUAUCCUC